AUGUAUGCAUUCCUCUUGAUGCUUGCCAUGGCAUUGGCAAAUGGAACAGGUAAUGAAAUUCAACAAUCUUUGUAGUGAAGUAAAUCAACUUAAAUGAAGUAGUCGAUGAUGCUAUCGAAGCCUAUGAUUAUAAGGUAUAUAGAUUAUAAUUGCACAAUCCAGAAAAAUUGUAGAAUCGUACUUUGAUAGUAUAAUUGCUACCAUAGAUUGGCAAUCCUAAGGUAGCUGUAGAUUGUGAUACGUAAUUAUGAAUAAUUAUAGAGUAGGGAACCAAAGCUAUUAGAUUAUUACGAAUGGUAAACAGGAUCUUGGUUCAUGUAAUAACUCUCAAUUUCCUACUAAGAAAGACAGGCAGUUAAUUGUACAGAUAAUCAAUUCUAUAUUGGUGUUUCUAGUGAAGUUGUAUCCGGCUAUUCUUUGGUUACUUAUAUUUGGGACGGUAUCCAAUAGUUGGAAUACAACAUUCCACUAAGGUAAAACUAAUUUUCAUAAUAGUGGUGAAUUAGUAGAAAAAGAGAUCCUUCAGUUUAAAUUGAAACCCAUUUAAUCAACAGAAUAAAUUACUUUGUAGAUUACAGCAAAUCAAGCAGAAAAGUUCUUAAAGCAAUGUAACACUGAGGAUUGCUAGAUCACUUUGAGUGAUUAUGAAGGCAAUAGUACUGAUACAGCCAUUCAUCUUACUUAAUCGUCGCUUACUUUUGUUCAUAAUGACUGCUAAGAUUGUUAUUAUUUAAUUGGAUUGAAAAGUGAUUCUAAAACACAAUUUCGUAUUUUGGCUAAACACCAGGAAUAGCAUGUUGUUUUGAGAGAGGGACAAUAAGAGCAAUUUCAUGUUGAAGAAGGAUUCUAUAUUUAUUAUUUGUACAACAUUCCCAAUGAUACUAAUAUAAAAAGUGUAAAAUUCUAAAUCACUCAAUAUAAUGGAACAUGUAUAUUGUUUGGCAGUUCAUCUGAACAAUAUCCAAAUGCUGAUAAUUUCGAAAUGAAGAGUACUUCCCAAUUGAAAGCUAGCAAUGCUAAGACUUACUAUUUGAGUGUGUAUGGGUAUACUUAAUGUCAAUAUGGUAUUUACACUUAAGUGGAAAGAUAUUAAACCAUCAAUCAAACUUAUUUCAUCUAAUUGCAAAGUGGAGUACCACAAAAAUACUUAUCCGGAGAUCAAUACAGUUUCUUUUAGAUUUAAUUGACAUAGAAACAAAACUUUACAAUUACAUUAUAAAAUAUCGAAGGCAACUUCAUUAUGUAUGUUAAGUCCAAUCUAAAAAAUAAAGAAAUACCAGAUAGCAAUAGUUAUCAAUGGAAAGACUAAAAGCAAAUAGAAAUUAACAUUGAUGAUCCUAAUUACGCAACAUAAUAUUACAUUGGUGUCCAGAAUUUGAAUGAUCAUGGAGAAUUUAUCAUCCAAUAUACUAUGCAUGGAGAUAUUGAAUUUUAUCAGGUAGGGUAAUAGAUUAUAGGCACUGUAGCUGAGAAUAAAUUUAGAUAUUAUAAAUUACCUAUGCAGGCAAGAAAUCUCAUAAUUACUAAAGAUAUCUACUCAGGCAAUGAUGUAGUCGAUUUAGACAUGUUCAUAUCAUUAGAUUAGAAAAAUACACAUCCAAGCCUAAAACACUACAAUAUUUAUCUCAUUGGAAAAAAUUUAACAAUUCCAGGCACUGAUUUACAAUGCCCUCAGAAUACAACUAAGAUUAACGAAAAGAAUCUGUGUUUCAUUUACAUAGCUGUGUCCUCUUCAUCAGGAACAAUCUUCUACACCAUAUCUACCAAAUAUAAUAAUAGUAUAAUUCAACUCCAUGAAGGAUACCCCUAAACUGUCACUUUUGAACAAGAAACUCUAUUCUAUUAUAUCCUCAAAAAAAAUAAAGAAGUCUCAUUGUAGUGGUAUUCCUAUGGAGGAAGUAAAGCAAAUGUUGAACCCUACUAUGGUAAUAAGGAUAAUUAUGAUCUGAAAUAUGAAACAUUCUAAUCGCAUUCUUAUUUCACCUAAUUUUAAAGUUUUACGAUCCCUGAAACUGAGAAGUAUUAGAUUUUAUACAUCCGGGUUUAACCUAUUGAGCCUCACUAUUAAAAUGACACCUAUACGAUUGGUGUCUAUGAAGAAGUCAAACUAUUGACUCUUUCAGAUCCUAUUAUCGACAUUAUUGAUAAAGGUUAAACCAAGUAUUACAAGCUCAGUUUAACCUAAGAUGUUAAGUCGAUACAAGUUAAUAUUCAUGUCAAAGGAGGCGGGGAUCUUGUUACUGCUAGAAUAUCAAAAGGGAAGGACAAGAGACCCAGUCUAUCUGAUUAUAAUCAAGAGUGGUCAAAUAUCUUUGAAUCAAAUUAUAUUCUAUAAGAGAAUAAUGAUAGAUAUUUGGCAAAGGAUGAUUAUAUCAUAGGAGUGUUUGGGGAAGGCGAUUGUGAAUUUCAAAUUAAUUACAAUAUCGACGAUGCCAAAUUUUACAAUGCUUUCCUUGGCUAUCCAUUUGAUGUUCUAUUCAAUGAAGAUAUACCACAUUAUUACAUUUUUAGAGAGAAUCCAAAUGAUUAGGAGUAUAAGAUUGUUGUAUUUGCACAACAAGGUAAAUUAUAAGUCAGGGCCAAAAAAUUGGAGUCGAUUGAUGAUGAAACCAUCAUUAGUACUGAUGAUCAUUUGUUUAUUGAUGAAAUUGUUGAUAAACAAAAAUCAUUUAAAGUGAAGACUUGUGAAAAAGUGGGUUGCGUUUAUUCAAUUGAAAUCACAGCCGUCCAAGGGAACAGUAAAGGUUUGAUUGAAUUCAGUAGUCAAAAGUAUUAGACUACUCUACAUGACAAUCUUCAAUGGAGAGAAGUUUUGAAUGAAUCAGAGACUGCUCAAUAUCGCUUUUAUUCAAAUGUUGAUGUUCAAAUCAGUGUCUAAUUGAUAAGCGGUGACAUCAAAUUGUAUGUGAAGGAAGGUUAAGAACUUCGACAUAAUGAUGAAGCAGAUGCAACAUUUAGAAUUUAAAAGGACUCUUUGCUUCUAUUCUAAAAAAAUGAUUCCUCAGUGUAUUUGAUUACAAUGAAAGUGGAAUCAUUGUCGCCUGUUUCUAUCUUUAUGAUCGGUGCAGUUAGAAUUGAGAAAUAGACUUAAACUAUUCAUUUGGGUUAGAUGAUGACUUAUUAAAUAAAAGCUCAAGAGACUCUACAACUCUAAUAUCAAUCCAUCACUCAAACAUCUAAUAAUCAAUAAAAGUAUAUAACUCUACAAAUCUAAAAUAUACAUCAAUCAAUUGAUAAUCUAUAUUUUGAUAUAAUUCAUACUUCCAUCAAGCCUAUUAAUUAUUUUAAUAAAUAUCCUAAAGCUAUCUCAUAUCAUCUGUAUGAUUAAUUUGGAUUGUAUGAAAUUUCCAUCAAGGCCUUGCAUAAUUCUACUUUUGUCAGAGUAAUAAUUACAAAUGGUGAGUUAAAUGCUUUGAUUGAUAGUAUAUCGCAAUAUCAGUUAACUAAAAUUGGAUAACCAAAUUAUUAUGAAGUAUUUUUGUUAUAAAAAUCAAAACUCUUCUUGGAAGUAUUUACUUGCUCUGGAUCUAUAUUAGUCUAAGGAACAAAAAAUUAAACUAAUCUUGCUAAACAAAUAUUUGAAAUUUAAGUGAUGAAUUCUUCCUAAGAUCAUAUUCAAUCCACUCUGUAACUUGAUGAAGGUAAAUAUUAUUUUUUAGUGAAAUUGAUAUCAAGUCAUGAACAUGACGACAACAAAAACAAAAUUUCAUCAUAUUUUAUUAAAUAACAGACUUUUGAUUAAGGAGAAGUUGUUCCACAAACAUCUUUUGAAAUUAGUGAAAAAUCCAUUGAUUGGUACAAAGUUGACGAUAAUUUGAUCAUCCAUAUCCCAAACCUUGUAUAAGUAAAAAAGGAUAUUUAAGCAAUCCAUAUUUAUUUUAUUGUAAGGAUGCAAUAAGCAAUUGGGGAAAAGAGUCUUGCCUGCAUGUUUGAAUCCAAUUAUGUCAACAAUAAGACUAACGUUUAUGGUAAAUAUACUUAGGUUGUUGAAUAAAGCAAUACGAGCAACUUUACGACUGUCACUUUUACCACCAAAGACCAAUAAGCGAAGUAUUUGAGUGUGGUUGGGAAAGUGCAAUUGUAAAUAGAGUAUGAGAUUGAAGAACUCACAUAUCCGUUGCCAAUAAUAGAGAUGAACUAUUCUAACAAUUUGCAGGAAUCCACUCAAUAAUGGAUCUUAUUGGGUAUAUUUCUGACAAUCUUGUUCAUAACGGGGUUCUUCAUUUACUUCAAUAUAAAAAAAUAAGUGCAUCAUUAAAACCAUAACACACUCAAUAUUGAAAUGAAUUAUUAAACAUUUAAUAAUUGAU